GGAGCAAUACCUUAUACAAUAAAAUAGGAGAAGCUCGUGCAAGUAAUACAUAAACAAACCUACCAGAUCUAUACAUAACCCCGAUUAUACAAGGUUACAUAACGCAAGGUGUCGAAGAAGAACACGCCUUUAAACGUUUUUUUAUCAGGUCGUAAACCACACAUACAGAAGGGCAAGAAUAGAAAAUAAAAAAGGAGAGACGCAGAAACAGGAUUCUUUCCCCGUUUGGUUAUUUCGCUAAGCGACAAACACGCAUACAUUUCUUCACAUUACAACCCUUUGCUUUUUUUCUCUCAAUACAAAGUCUCACAAAACGAUGAAGUGCAUCCCACUAGUCAAACUUGCCCAAAAUGUCUUGAGCUUGCCGAGACUGCCAAUUCCUUCACUUGAGGCAACUGCGAAGCGUUAUCGUGCGUCGUUAAUUCCCCUUCAGAAGGGUGAGCUCGGUGCGCAGCAUCUCUUGCGUUUUGAAACCUUUCUGGGGAAUUCAGCUCCUGCUUAUCAAAAACAAAUCCUCGAGAUGGAUAAAGCCGCAUCCGAGGCCGGCACUUACCCAUAUACGUAUGUGGAAUCUAUCAUGGCUAAUGCACGGCUUAGCAGCCGGCUUCCGCUGGAGGUGAACCGUAACCCCGGUCUUGUACUAAAAAAAGGGAUCAAGGGGACUGAUGGAACGCAGGUGGGAGUUGCCGCGGCGAUAGCAUACGGUGUAGCACGCUGGAUCGAAAAUUUAGUCCGAAACGGUGUCGAGGUAGUAGAUCCUAAUGUUGACCUCUCACCGCUGGAGACAGAGUUUGGCCGCAGCCUAAUUCCUUCGAAGGAGAAGGAUGCAAUUCACACAACACCAUUGACCGAGCUUCGCCACGUCAUCGUGCUGCACGACGGCCAUCCAUACCUUGUGAGGGUGUUCGACGAUAACCAAAAGGUUCUAGACAGGGCGCUCAUUCAGAAGGCCUUCGAGUUGAUCCUCUCCAUCACACCGGACGAGGAUAACACCACUCCAGUGACGGUACUGACGGCCGGCAGCCGUGCGUUGUGGGGCCAGACCUACCAGGAACUCAUCAGCAAUGCCGAGAACGCCGAGUUGCUUUGGCUUUUUCAUCAAAGUAUCUUAGUCAUCUGCCUGGAUAGCCAGGCUUGGGGGGGCGACGAAUCCCUGGCGGUCGCCUCCGCGCUUUGCGGUGGGACGGAGGAGGUAGAGAAUCGGUGUUACGACAAGCACCAGGCUAUCGUCUCCGCCGAUGGGCAAGUAGCAUUCAAUUUGGAGUCCACCACCGGCGGGCGAGCGCACUGGGCGCGUUGGAUCGACGACGUGCUAGGGAUUCUGGCGGCGGACGCGCCCUCGGGGGUCGUAUCCACAAGCGGCGUGGAUGGCGCCCAAGCGACGCAGAUCAUGCGCCACCUCGACAUCACCUAUGGAAAGUCCUUCGCGACGCACAUUCGCACCGCGCGGCAGGAGGCGAAGGCGCUGGUGAGUAAUACAGAGGUGCGUCUGUUGGGGCUCCCGUACGGCAGCGCUCAGCUCGCCAAGAUGGGGGUGAGUGCGGAUGCGUUUGUUCAGAUCGUUCUUCAUCUCGCACGGUACAUGUACCACGAGAAGCUGUGCUGUACGUCGGAAAUCUGCCCGACCACGUCGUUCUUUCACGGCGCGACAGAGGUAUUGCGUAGUGCCACAAUUGAGAUGCUCGCUCUCGUUUCGCGGCUGGCAGAAAUGGAAAAAGCGCAACUCAUCGCCGCGGCAGCUCCGGAAGGCUCCCCCUCUGUGCAACCCUCUACGCGGAAGGAGGAGCUAAGGGAGUUCGUUUACAAAGCCGCGCGUCGCCAUGAAGAGCUUGCUGCGGAAGCCAAAUGCGGCCAAGGUGUUGAUCGCCAUCUCCUGGCCCUGCAGCACAUUGCGGAUAACAACAAGGAUGAGGAUGCUCUAGCCUUCUUCAAUGACGCGGUAUACAAGCAGAUAAAUACUUUUACGCUGCAGACGUCUCAGUUUACGCAGCCAUGGCUACAGUACUACUCUUUUGGUCCAGCCACACCGAAUGGCUACGGUCUCGGUUACGUCCUCGAUGAGCAUGAGAUACGCGUGUCGCUGUCAGCUUUUGCGAAUAGCCCGUCUACCGACGUUGUUGAUCUGACAGCAGCAAUUAAUAAGGCGGCUGGAAUCGUCGCUGGGAUCCUUUCAUAG